GGGUUGUCCUGAAGUAGGACGCGGUUCUCAUGGUUUGUCUCGUAAGAGUAAUUCCAUUUUUAUCUGAAAGUUCUGACUUGGAACUGAUAAGGACUCUGAAAAUGUCGUACAUGUACUUGACAAUAUUUUUCUGCGUUUCGUUGUCUUUUCUUCAGGUAUCAAAUCAAAAAACAAUACCUAUACAUACGUACGAUUCCCUUUUGUCACAUCUUACAAAUGGGGCACGUGUUACCUACCUUUUCAACACAACAACCUGCCAACCGGUCUCGUCCAGAGGCAGUAACAAAAAUCUUCCAAUAUUUGGUGGCGAAAUUAAAUUCUUUUUAACUUCGAAGAGUUCAGAGAGCACAGCUGGACAACUUGUAUUCAAUCAAGACAAUAUAGGAAAUGACGAGAGAGGGGCAAUAAGCGAAGAUGUUUUAUCCAUAUAUAUUGUGAAUGACACGGCGAUGAUCCUAUAUGGCAACUCGGGUUUCUUUGCCAACAACACCCAAAACAUUCAGAUGGUCAUCUGCAAUUGGACUUCUGGUGAUGGAAAGGGAUUCUGGGUAAAGGAGCCUUUAACACCAAGUAAAUUGAAUUCAUACAACGAACUCCGGACAGCAAUGGUAUCUGGAGAGACUGUUCGAUUUGUAGUCACUACCAAGGGAUGUAAAUGUCCCCCGGGCGAGAAUUGUGGUGAUGUUUAUGUAGGAGGAUACGUAAAAGAUUUCAAGAUUACAUCCAAUGGAGCCAUAACCUUCUCAAGGUCAAUGACAUUAUAUUUCCCCAUACCAACGAGCCCCAUGUAUUAUCGGGAGCUUCUGAUUGGUAAUGUUCAACCCAACAACACAUCAACAAUUCAGAUGUCCUACUUGAACGCUACUACUUGGGAACAAGAAAACGGUGUCAAUAUGGCAUGCCCCAUCACGUCUCCCAAAGGACAUGCAGAUUUCUUUCUUGAUGGUAGCAGCUAGUCAUGCUGAAAAGUACGCGUAGUCUUGCAUAAGUCCCCCCUUUUUGUUCUCUGCAUCAUGGAAAAAGAAAUAAAAUUUUCGAAGAAGAUAA